GUACAGGGAGGAGUGCAUAAGCGUAGGCAGUGCUUUUAGUAAUAUGAGUGAAAAGAACUCCGCUUAGACAGGUAACUUGGGUAACUACACACGCCCUUUCCUGUGCUGUGGGGUGUAGCGCAUUUCUGCUGCAAAUUUGGAGGCCGAGUACAACCCGAAGGAUUCCAGGGGGCAGCAUCACUUCGCUUGUCACAGAUAGCAGCACUCCACCUGAACCCCUCUUCUCGACGGAUGUCCGCGGCCAUUCUUCGACAAGCAGCAACAGAACAACCAACCUCGUUAUCGAACCUUGACUAAACGUCACCAAGGCACCCUGACACGAUUCACCCAAUUGACCACGUGCACACACCGGGCUCAACAAGAUGUCAUCAUACCUAGGCCUCCCAACCCCCCUGAUCCGGCCCGUCGCCGCCCUGGCCGGAUGGACAUUCGUCAUGGAAGCUUGGAUGUAUGCCACCCGCAUCCCGGCCGUAAGCAAGUACGGCGUUUCUACUGACCCGGACAAGUGCAAGGAGGAACUGAACACCAAGAUCCCGGUUCAUAUUCGUCAGAUUGCGGAUAACUUCAACCACUUGCACGAGCAGCCGACUACCUUUUUCGCGGUGGCAUUGGCCCUGACCAUCGUCGGUGACAACCACAAGUAUACCAAGUACGCUGCCUGGGGCUACGUCGGCAUCAGGGUCGUCCAUUCGCUCUUCCAGUCCCUGGUGAACAAAGUCAUGGUCCGCUUGCCCAUCUUCAUCACGAGCUCGGUCGUACUGGCUGGCUUGACUGGACGUCUUGCGCAGCUGGUCUUUUAGGCGUGCAGGAGUGGCUACUCCCGAGGUCGUGGGGUCGGGAUCGCUACUCGGUCAGGCCGAGAGGCGGGCGGCUCUUCUUUUGAUGUAUGGAAAUGCCGUUGUCAUGUCAGCCGGUACUGCUUGCGGCAUCUGUUACUGGUAUCAAAGGGGCAGUCAUGCUAAUGACACGAUCUUAUGCUUUCCGGAACACGGGCUCGUGGAAAAAACUGGGGUAAUAAUGGCCCGCACUUGUGGAAUCUAAAGCAAACAAGCUUAUUUAAACAA